CGGACCUUUGGCCACCGCCGGCCACCCCUCAGUGGCCAUGGCGGUGCUGCUGGGGCUGCUCCCGGCCGCGCUGGCCGGGCUGGCCCUGCUCGCCGCGCUGCUCGCCCCGCCGUUCCUCUGGGACGACCUGGUGGCCUUUGUCACCAUGGCCAGGUCGGCGCUGCGCUGCCGCCGCCGCUUCGCCCGCAGCCCCCCCGAGACCCUCCUGGACGUGUUCCUGCUCCACGCGCGGAGGCGGCCGCGGCAGCCGCUGCUCCGCUUCCAGGACGAGCUUUACACCUACGAGGACGCGGAUCUCAGGAGCAACCGGGCGGCCUGGGCGCUGCAGCGGCGCCUGGGGCUCAGCCCCGGCGCCACGGUGGCCGUGUUCCUGCCCAACUCGCCCACCUACCUGUGGACGUGGCUGGCGCUGGCCAAGCUGGGCUGUGCCAUGGCUUGUGUGAACAGCAACGCGCGGGGACGGGCACUGCGGCACGCGCUGGAGGCCGCCGGGGCCACCCAGGUGCUCGCCAGCCCCGAGCUCCGGGUGGCCGUGGAGGAGGUUCUCCCGGACCUGCAGCGCUCCGGGAUCCACGUGUUCUACCUGAGCGCCUCGUCACCCACCCCAGGGGUCCCGGCCCUGCUCCCCGACAUCGAGGUGGCCCCCGCGGACCCUCUGCCCGCCCAGCACCGCGCCGGCAUCACCGCCACCUCCAAGGCCAUGUACAUCUACACCUCCGGCACCACCGGGCUCCCCAAGGCCGCGGUGGUGACGGAGCUGAAGCUGAUGAUGGUCGCCAGCCUGGCCUGCAUGUGUGGGCUGCGCCGCGACGACGUCGUGUACACGACGCUGCCCCUCUACCACUCGGCCGGGCUGCUCGUCGGCCUCGGCGGCUGCCUCAACAUCGGAGCCACGUGUGUCCUGAGGAGCAAGUUCUCGGCCUCCCAGUUCUGGGCCGACUGUCGGCGGUACAACGUCACCGUCAUCCAGUACGUGGGGGAGCUCAUGCGCUACCUGUGCAACACGCCCCCGCGCCCUGACGACCGGGAGCACGGGGUGCGCAUGGCCCUGGGCAACGGGAUGAGGGCGGAGGUGUGGAAGGAAUUCCUGCGGCGCUUCGGGCCCGUGUCCAUCCGGGAAUUCUACGGGGCCACCGAGGGCAACGCCGGCUUGAUCAACUACACUGGCAAGGUCGGGGCCGUGGGCAGGGCCAACGUGUUCCUCAAGUUCUUCACACCCUUCGAGCUGAUCAAGUACGACGUGGCCGCAGAAAAGCCCGUGAGGGACGAGCGCGGGCUCUGCAUCCCCCUCGGGCCCGGCGAGACGGGGCUGCUGGUGGUGAAGAUCACGCGGCACGCGCCGUUCCACGGCUACGCCGGCGACGCCCGCAAGACGGAGCAGAAGGUCCUGCGGGACGUCCUGGCCAAGGGCGACGCCUUCUUCAACAGCGGCGACCUGCUGCUCAUGGACCGUCAGGGCUUCCUCUACUUCCAGGACCGCGUCGGGGACACCUUCCGGUGGAAAGGGGAGAACGUGGCCACGACAGAGGUGGAGGCCACGCUGGCCACAGUUGAGUUCAUCCAAGAGGUCAACGUCUACGGCGUGGCCGUGCCCGGGUGUGAGGGCCGCUGUGGCAUGGCCGCCGUGCGCCUCAAGGACGGGGCCACCUUCGACGGGGACGCCCUGUACGCCUUCACGCGGGACACGCUGCCCUCCUACGCCGCCCCUCGCUUUGUCAGGAUCCAGGACGCCCUGGAGAUCACGGGCACCUUCAAGCAGUCCAAGAGCAACCUGGUCCGGGAGGGCUUCGACCCCCAGCUGGUCCGGGAUCCGCUGUUCUUCCGCGACGAUUCCCGGCGAUCCUACGUCCCGCUGACCCCGGACACCUUCGCUGCCAUCCAGGACAUGAGGCUCAGUCUGUAGCGGCCUCGGGCUAAUUAACGAGGCUAAUUAGGGGCUAAUCAGGCACUGUGGGCUGGGCUGGGGGGUUAUCCCGGCCCGGCCUGUCUGUGACGUGGAAAUUAAACCCUUAAUUCCCACUU